GUCAACAUUAAACAGCCAAGUGACAGUAAAUGUGGUGUAAUUAACUGAUUCAGUGGCUCAGUAGAAACACUUGAUAUUAGACUCUUCUUGACUUUACUAUUUUCCCUUACAUCCAUAAACCAACCAGUUCUCUAGAUUUGAGUAAAGUUUACUCUGUAAUUGUCAGUUUAUAGAUCACUAAGUGCCAAAAUCUUUUACUGACUGCUUAAGUAUUUCCUACAAUGAGAUGACAGAAUUUCAAGUGCAUUAAUAUCCUAAAUGUGAAUAUUGAUUAAUUUAACAGUUUUCACUGAUGGUUAUUUUAUUUUACACAUUUAAUUUAAUCAUUGUCACAAAAUUAAUAAAAUAUAUGUUUUAGAAACUAUAAUGAAGUUUAAUAAUUAAGUGACUGGAUAAUCCCAAUGUAUGAAAAAAAACAUGCAACAUCAACAUAAACUAAACGAUUUCUGAUCUUAAAGUUAAGUUUGGACACAAACUCCCCUAACAAAAGAGGGCCAAGUGAUGCAGGCUGGAGGAGAUGUAAAUCCUACACAUUUCCUGGAAAUCUGACUGAUCACUUUGUGAUAAUGGAGCUUUGAUGAUAUAUUUUAGUGGAUGAAAUAUUUUAUAAUUCAGUGAAAAAAUCCACAAGGCUCUUUGUUCAUAAUUCUAAAACCAUUUUUGGGAUGCUCUCUAAAUACCUUCCAGUCUCCUCCCUGAUAAUGUGUCAGAUUCCAGUAAAGUGUCCACAGCUCUGAGUAACACAAUGAUGCAGGAUUAUCAGUCACCAGUAACAGCAGAAUGCAGCCCAGCAGCCACCUCGCUGGCUGGGUGGUGUGUUGGCAGGAAAAUUUCAGAGAAUGCCAGAAGGUAGAAGCCAAGCGCGACGACUCUCCCAGACCCCUCCUGUGGACCAGAAGCCUCCAAGAAAGUCUCGCAAGAAGCUCCAAGUUAUUGUCUGUGUACUGCUUGUCGAGCUGUGUGAAAGGUUCACUUUCUUUGGGAUUGUAUGUAACAUGAUUCUUUUCUGCACGGUUAAGCUGGGCUAUGACAACUACUUGGCAGCAACAGUCAACCUGUGCUUCAUAGGAGCCAGCACCCUGACCCCUGUUCUGGUUGGGUGGUUUGCAGAAACCUGCAUAGGACGGACGAAGGUGCUCUAUUUGUGCGCUCUUCUUCAUUUCUUUGGCACAGCCAUGCUGCCUGUGGUGGCAUUCCCUUUUGAAGAUUUCUAUAUCAACACUCAUCACAUGACUCACCAGCUGGAACCUCGAGAGCAGCAGAUCUUAUUCUACACGGGUCUCCUGGCUGCUGCCUUGGGCAUCGGCGGUAUCCGGGCCAUCCUCUGUCCCAUGGGGGCCUACAGCCUGCAGGGCUACAACCAACAUCAGCUCCUGUCCUUCUUCAACUGGUUCUACUGGUUGGUGAAUCUGAAUUCUACUGUGGUGUUUCUGGGCAUUGCUUACAUCCAGCAGUCUGUGGCCCAAAACCUGGGCUUCCUUAUUCCCUUCACCUCUGUGCUGCUGGCUCUCAUCGCCAUACAUAUGAUGCGCAACAAACUGACCUACAACCCCAAGAAAGGUGGAUCAUUACUGACUACGCUGGGAGUUUUCGUGAACUCUUUAAAGAUGUGCUGCCUCCACUAUCGCCACCUGAGCGGAGAUGUGGUGUCUUGGUUGGAUCGGGCGAAAGAAAACAACGGUGGUCGGUACAGCGAAACACAUGUAGAGAACGUCAAAGUCCUGAUUAAGCUCUUUCCUCUUUAUGGGCUGCAGCUGCUGUACAGAGCCUGCAUCACACAGAUUCCCUCGGGUUACUACAUACAGACGAUGAACUCCAACCUUCACCUGAACGACCUCCUGCUGCCCAUCGGUGCCAUGAAUGUCAUCAGUAUCCUACCUCUGCUGCUCCUGGCCCCACUGAUUGAGUUGGUGACCACCUGCUUCCUUUCCAGGGAGAAAACUCCUCUGGCACCUGCAAAAGUCAUAACUUUGGGCCAUGCGUGUGCCAGUCUGUCUGUCCUGGUGGCAGGUUUGUCAGAGCUGCAGAGGAAGCUGUACCCCCUGGUGGAGCAGACUUUAUCUGGGAAGGUUCUGCAUGUGUCAUCCAUGCCGUGUUUCCAGCUGGCGCCUCAGUACAUCCUACUUGGUGUGGCUGAGGCUCUUGUCACCCCUGCAUGUUCUCUCAUAUCCUUCCAGCUGACCCCGAGCCACAUCAGAGGGAUCUCCCUGCACUUCCUCACUCUGUCCUACGGAGGGGGCUGUUUUCUAGGCGCCUUCAUCAUACAGCUGGCAUACUUUUCCUCUGGAGGUAAUUUCUAUCCAAACACACUGCAUGACGGGAACCUGGAGAGAUUCUUCUUCCUUCUGGCCUCACUGAUGGCCAUAAACACGCUGGUGUUUUGGAGAGCAUCAUACAGGUAUAUAGACCUGAGCGUGCAGGGUAAAGCCCUGACCAUCAGCACUCUGACUGAGAAGCUGCUGCAUUACAAAGCUACUCUGCGCUUCUACGACACCGUAGAUCACCUCUCCAUCGACUCUGUUUCAUGAUCGCCGUUCUCCUGUCAGCAGUGCUGGCGCUGCAAAUGUCAAAAAUAGGGAAGGUGAUUUGUUUUGGGAUGAACUGUACAAAUCUAUGAAAUGUGUAUUUU